AUGCCUUCAGUGACAGACGCGAGCAUUGAUGAUGCCUACGCCAAGGCCUUCAACAAUAACAGCUUGUGGCGCCGCUCGCUGGCAGAAGCCGAGCCCGAGCUCUUUGAGUCCAUGGCCAAAGGCCAAUCACCUCAGAUACUCUGGAUCGGAUGUGCCGACUCGCGCUGCCCAGAGACCACCAUCCUGGGCCUCAAGCCCGGUGAAAUAUUUUGCCACCGCAAUAUCGCCAACAUCCUGGUCAACACAGACAUUAACUCGCUCUCGGUCAUUCAAUAUGCCGUCCAAUACCUGAAGGUCAAGCACAUCAUCGUCUGCGGCCACACCUCUUGCGGGGGUAUCGCCGCGGCCCUGGGCAACAAGAAACUCGGCCUGAUCGAUACCUGGCUUAUGCCUCUGCGGGCAAUUCGCCAAGAAAAUCUGCCUCUCUUAAAUAGCUUGGACGAGACGCAGCGGGGCCUGAAAAUGGUCGAGUUGAACGUCCGUGCCGGGGUCAAAGUGCUCCUCGCAAACCCUAUCGUCCUUGACGCCAUGGAUGAACGCGGCCUCCAAGUCCACGCUCUCAUCUACAACGUCGGGACCGGCGAAUUGCGUGAGUUGGAUAUUGAGGAGGACGAGGAAGUGGUCAAGAGCCGCGUCACUGCUUUCAAGACCGAGGAUUAA